AUGGUUUCGCAUCAUACGAUCGUUUUCGUUGUACAAGUGCUACUAACGUGUGUUCCAAACAUAAACACCCUGGAAUCCAUUGCAUCGGGACCACAGUCGAAUACGACACUGUGCAACGUUUGCUGGAGCCUCGCAAGUGCAGGACAGUGCCAAAACACGACCAAAUCUGAACCAUGCUCCCCGGAGCAGCUGGAUUCGGCCAUGGGCAAGAUCCGUCUGAUUCACGCUUCAAAGCCGGAACAAGCCUCAGCGAAUUCCACCAUUAACGAACAUCAAUCGCAACAGUACCGGUGUUUCACACUGUCCGCAUCGUCGGGCAUUGGGGAAUCGAAGAAAGUGUUCUACGCCAAAGGAUGUACCACGAUGGCGAGCGACCUGUGUGCUGGUUGGGUGAAGGAAAAGAGUGCCACCUGUGCACUCUGCACGGGGAACAACUGUAACGCUGCGGCACCGAUAGAAAUUAGUCACAGUGCACCGAUUAAAUUAAACAACAAGACCUGUACUUCCUCAAACAGCAACCGAGCCGCGCUGGUAAAUAGUAGCUUCCACUGGAUGGUGGGAAUAACGGCACUGGGCAGUUUGUGUUCUACAAUUUUUGCUAUUUGAAUUGCAGUAAAACUCCGACCAAAGCUAGUUUGAGUGAGUUAUCGACAUGGGUUGACAAAUAUCCUCUUCUACUAUUACUAAUUAUCAGACAUAAAUAGCGCACGGGAUUAAUAAACGAUCUCU